CACCAAGGCUGUUUAAGACAAGGGGAGAGGAUGCCCAGUGCUCAGCUCUCAUCGCAGCCCAAACUCCUGCUGGAGGAGGACAGGGAGUCCGGUAUUGGCUCCACCCUUGACCUCACGAGCAGCUCAGAGAGCCCCAGCCAACAUACCAAUCACCAUUUUAGCACACCUUCAGUAAAAGACUCAGGCAGACUCCCCAGAAAGAAAGCAGAUAACUCUACUCAGGCAUCAAGAGCGAGUCUACACAUGACCAAGCAGUUCCUUAUCAAUAUAUCCAAGAUCCCUCUCCUCUUCAUCCUUCUCUUCCUCUUCAUUUGCUCAUUGGACACUUUAAGCUCUGCCUUCCAGCUGGCAGGGGGUAAAGUGGCAGGGGACAUUUUCCAGGACAAUGUGGUGCUGUCUAACCCUGUGGCAGGGCUGGUGGUGGGGAUCUUGGUUACUGUGCUGGUCCAAAGCUCAUCAACCUCCACCUCCAUUGCAGUCAGCCUGGUGGCCUCUGGAUUGUUAGAAGUGAAGUCCGCUGUUCCAGUCAUCAUGGGGUCCAAUAUUGGAACUUCUGUCACAAACACCAUAGUAGCCAUGAUGCAAGCUGCUGAGAGAAAUGAGUUUCAACGCGCUUUUGCUGGAGCAACAAUCCAUGAUUGCUUCAACUGGCUGUCCGUCCUUGUAUUGUUGCCUCUGGAAGCAGUGAGCGGUUUAAUAACCCGGCUGUCCCACCUGCUGGUCACAAGCGUAAGGCUCCAACCUGGGGAGGAAGCACCUGAGCUGCUAAAGGUCAUCACAGAGCCAAUCACCAAACUCAUCAUACAGCUGGACAAAUGUGUGAUCACAGAGAUUGCCAUGGGAAAUGAGGGCAUGAGGAACAAGAGCCUGGUGAAAACAUGGUGUCAGAGUGACAUGUUUAUGUCUGAUAACAAUAGGAGCAUUGACAACUGUGGUCUCAGUGAAAACAUGUCAUUGUCAAGCAUCAAGUGCAGACAUUUGUUUGCAUCUACAGAGCUGUCAGAUCUCACAGUGGGCCUCAUUCUCCUGGCAGCAUCCCUGGUUGUCCUCUGCACAUGUUUGCUGCUUCUGGUCAAACUGCUUAACUCUCUUCUUCAAGGCCAAGUAGCAAGGAUCAUUCAUAAAGUUAUCAACACAGACCUGCCCCAUCCAUUUGGGUGGCUGGCAGGAUACGUAGCCAUGUUUGUGGGUGCGGGGGUCACAUUUCUGGUCCAGAGUAGUUCUGUCUUUACUUCAGCCAUGACUCCUCUAGUUGGCAUUGGUGUCAUCAGCCUGGAACGGGCCUAUCCGCUCACGCUUGGCUCCAACAUUGGCACCACUGCAACAGCCCUGUUGGCAGCUCUGGCCAGUCCGGGGAACAAACUAGCAGCUGCCAUCCAGGUUGCGCUGUGUCACCUCUUCUUCAAUGUCUUUGGCAUUCUUCUGUGGUAUCCUCUUCCAUUCAUGCGUCUUCCGAUAAGGAUGGCUCGUAUACUGGGAGAGCGCACCGCCAAGUACCGCUGGUUUGCAGUCUUGUAUCUCCUCCUUUGUUUCUUGCUCCUUCCAUCACUGGUGCUGGGUCUCUCGAUGGCUGGCUGGCGGGUGAUGGCUGGGGUUGGGGGUCCUUUUUUGGGUGUUACCAUCUUCAUUGCCUUGGUAAAUGUGAUGCAGGCUCACAGUCCCCGUCAUCUUCCCACCAAGCUCCAGACUUGGGAUUUUCUGCCCAAAUGGAUGCACUCUCUCAAACCUCUUGACCGCUUGAUCAGUAAAGCAACAGCUUGCUGCAGCUUUACCUGUGAAGAGGUUCAGGAUGAGGAAGAAGAGGAGCCCAUCUCAACAGAGAUACUGUCUGGCAACAUGCAGGAAGAAUCUGCUCAAAGGAAAGAAGAGCUGGCUUAUAACAACCCAGUCCUGGACUGCCUGGAUGAGAGCAGACCAGGUGUGCCAGUUUUUAAAUUAAAAGGGUUAGAGAGAUGCAACAGCACUCCUCUGUAGUGGGACUGAUAACAAAACAUGUUAAAUACUUCACUGUUUCAAUUCUCACACUGAAACCAUUUUCUUAAAAAUCAUGUUCACAGCUAUGAGCUCUGUAUGACAUUUGAGCCAAAUCCAAUUUGUCCCUUGUUUGUUUUGUGUGCCGACAUGAUAUUAUGGUGGAUAUUCUCAGAGGUAGGGUAGCAGUCCAUGGUUUUGUUAAAAAAAAUUUCAAAUCCCAGCCCCUCUUGCUUCGUUCAGAAUAAUACCCCCCCCCCCCCCCCCCGUGUCUUAGCUCUAUCAGAGGCGAUGACCAGGAUUUAGUGACAUCUAGUAGCUAAGUGAAAGACUAUUACCUGCCUGUGAAGGUUAUAUGGACAUAUGGAAAUUCAAAUUUACAUUUUUAAUGAGCACUUUUUUUUGGGACAUCUGUUCAAUGUGGAAGUGGGACAAGCAGGCAAACAGUCUGCUGGUGAACGCCGAGGCAGAUCGUCUACACCCUGAAAGGGCUGCAAAUCUAUUUAUCCAUGGGAAGAUAAUCAAGUGCUCCUAGUUUGAAAACAGAUACUAGACACUAUUUUAAAAGUCUGUAGGCGUAACCCACAUUUGGACAUCUAUCGAUAAUUUAAAUGUCUUUAGCUGCGGUGCUCAGUGGGUGAACCAUUAUGUGAUUACUGGUGAUUGAUGACGGCCCUUUAAGGUUGUAGCGUGUAGCAAUAACAAAGAAGUAUAAGUUAUUAAAUACUGUUUUAUAUCUUAUCUAAUUUGUAGUUGGAUGAAUUUUUAUUAUU